GUUUAUUUAUUUAUUUUUGUGAGAAUAGCACAUCUUCGUUUUCUCCGAUGAAUAUAGCUUUUAUAACAUAUCGUGUCGGUGUUUCUUUGAACUAUGAAUUCAUGAAAAUUUUGUGUGGUUUCUCCCCAGUAUCUCUGUCUCACAAAAUGAUCCCCAAGUGGCCAUCAUCCUGCUUUCUGCUGUUGCUCUGGAAACUGUGCACUGUCUCUCCUGGAGAAAACAAGAAGCCCAAUUUUGUGCUGAUGAUGGUUGAUGACCUGGGAAUUGGUGACCUGGGCUGCUAUGGCAAUACAACCCUUAGGACACCCAAUAUUGACCAGCUGGCACAGGAAGGGGUAAAGCUGACACACCACAUUGCUGCAGCAAGCCUCUGUACUCCCAGCAGGGCUGCAUUCCUCACAGGACGAUAUCCGAUACGAUCAGGAAUGGCUGGUCAUGGAAGACUUGGAGUCUAUAUAUUUUCUGCAGCAUCUGGAGGACUUCCGAGCCAUGAGGUUACAUUUGCUAAGAUAGCAAAGCAACAAGGCUAUAACACUGCUAUAAUUGGAAAAUGGCACCUGGGGCUUAACUGUAAGAGCAGCGAUGAUCACUGCCACCACCCCAGUACCCAUGGCUUUGACCAUUUCUAUGGUAUAACUGUGACCAACGUACGGGACUGCCAGCCCGGCCACGGCACAGUGUUCCAGAUACAUAAAUAUUUACCAUACAAGAAUCUGGGCAUUGGCUUAUUGACUGUGGUCCUGCUCCACUCCAUCAGUGUGAUUACAAUACGGCGAAAGUUGAUUGGAAGUCUGUUGUUGGUGUUGGCUGUGGCAGCAGUUGUGUUUGCAGGAUUUCUGAGGAUUUACCGCUACUUCAACUGCAUACUCAUGCGAGAUCACAGAAUCGUGGAACAGCCGUUCACAUCUGAAAAUCUGACGCAAAGAAUGACUAAUGAGGCAGUGGACUUCAUAGAAAGGAGCACAGCAAGGCCAUUCCUCCUGUUGUUCUCCUUUGUGCAGGUGCACACAGCCAUGUUUGCAUCAGCCAGGUUCAGAGGAACAAGCUCUCAUGGUAUCUAUGGAGACGCUGUGCAUGAGGUGGACUGGAGUGUAGGUCAGAUCAUACAGACUUUGGACAGGCUUAACUUGAGAGAAAACACUUUGAUUUACUUUACGUCAGACCAGGGAGCUCAGGCAGAGGAAAUCUCUGCCAGGGGAGACGUCCACAGGGGAUGGAAUGGCAUAUAUAAAGCAGGAAAGUCCACAAAUUGGGAGGGAGGGAUCAGGGUUCCAGGAAUUCUCAGUUGGCCUGGGAAAAUCCCCACUGGCAGGCAGAUAGACGAGCCCACCAGCAACAUGGACUUAUUUCCUACAGUGGUGCAGCUAAGUGGAGCUCAAAUCCCAGAGGACAGGCAGAUAGAUGGCUGGGAUCUCAUGGAUUUGCUCAUAGGCAGAGCGGAAAGGUCAAAGCAUGAGUUUCUUUUUCAUUACUGCAGUAAUUACUUGAAUGCUGUCAGAUGGCGGCCUCAAAACAGUACCUCAGUGUGGAAAGUGUUUUUCUUCACACCCAACUUCUAUCCGGAGAACGGAACAGCCUGCUUCCAUACGCAUGUGUGCUUUUGCACACCAGAUUAUGUGACCUACCACAACCCACCGUUACUCUUUGACCUCUCCAGGGACCCUUCAGAGACCACACCACUGACUCCGGACACAGAGCCAGCCUUUUGGUUUGUUUUGGGAGUGAUUCAGGAGGCUGUGGAGAAGCAUAAGAGCUCCGUGGAGCCGAAGGCGAGUCAGUUGUCAAUCGAGAACGUGAUAUGGAAGCCGUGGUUACAGCCCUGCUGCUCCACACUGAGCCAGCUCUGUGAGUGCAGGCAGGAUGAGCUCACCAGCUCAUCACCGGCCGCUUAAAGGAUUUUCACUGAAAAUCUCAGGAGUGCCAGCACUCUUGAGAUUAUGUUGCAAUGUUUUAACGUUUAAUGACAUCAAAAUGUGGUAAUUUACCGUUGUGGAUAUGAAAAUCAGAUUUAUGCAAAAAUUUCUCCUGGGUUUGCUGGUCGGAGUUUUUGGUGAAGUAUCCAUUUGUGUGGACAAUGUGCAAAUAUUAUUUCUAAAAUAUUUUGCUUGAAUCUAAAUGGUAAAUGGACUGCAUUUAUAUAGCACUUUUCCAUCUGCAUCAGACGCUCAAAGCGCUUUACAAAUAAUUCACAUUCACCCCAGUGUCAGGCUGCU